UUCAAUUCUUGUUCUUCUCGUUCUGCUUUCUUCUCCUUAGUUUCUCUCUCUCUUUCUUCCUGUUCCUGCAUCGAAACCAAAGCUUAUACACAGGGAAAAGCUGGUGCAACAGUCGCCCAUUUUUCCUUUUCUGUGUUUACCAUAUCUUAAGGAAGGCAUCAAUGCCUGCUCAGAAGAGGUCUCUGCCUGAUUAUCCCGACAACGAUGAGGAAGAUGCUCCCUCUUCUCCUCUUCAAAACGGCCAUCGAUAUACCAAACAAUCUCGCCUUGACCCACCUCCUUUUUCUGACCCCGAACUCCACCAACAACAAGAACUAGAGGAAGAAGAAGAAGAUGAUGAUGCACCCCCCAAGCCAGAAGAAGGAGAAGAAGAAGACGAAGUAGAAGGAGACGCAGACGAGGAACAAGAAGAGCAAGUCGAAGAGAAACAACCAGCAGAAUAUUCAGAAGAAAGCCAAUCUUCCAGCUCCGAAGAAGAAAAACCCGAUUGCAGAUUUGUCUUUGUGGAGCUGCCAGACAUCCGUAAAGAUGUGCAAUGCCCAAUUUGUUUAGGUAUCAUAAAGAAAACACGAACUGUGAUGGAAUGUCUGCACCGUUUUUGCAGGGAGUGCAUUGACAAAUCAAUGCGACUCGGGAAUAAUGAGUGCCCUGCAUGUCGCACACACUGUGCAAGUCGACGCUCUCUGAGGGAUGAUCCAAAUUAUGAUGCCUUAAUUGCUGCUUUAUAUCCAGACAUUGAUAAGUAUGAGGAGGAGGAAUUGGCUUUUCAUGAGGAGGAAAGAACGCGGAACAAGAAGAUCCAAGCUUCAAUUGCCCAGAUAUUUCAACGACAAUCUGACGCACUAGUUAGGAGACGCCCAAUCGGUAGAGAAACAACUAGUCCAUUCAUGGCAAGGUCACAGCGCAAUCAUCGGGCAAUUCCUUCAAGGAGACGGCAAAAUGGCCAAGGUACUGAAUUUCAGGUAUGUGAAGACAUUGAGGAAGAAAAUGAUGAUAAUGGAGGCAAGGAUUCAUCAUCCAAUGAAGAUCGCUCCGCAGAAGUAAGGCAGCAGAGGCGCAAGAGACGGCUAGGACUUAGGCCUUCUCAUCCUUCUUCAUCAGCUUCAAAUCUAGAAGGUGGAUCCAUUGAAAAUGAUUUAGAAGCCACCAAAGAGAACAAAGGAAUAUCUCUUGGGCUUGUUUGGAAUACAGAAAUGCUUGCCUGGGGUAGGGGUGGUACUCGAAGUCAUACACGUCAUGGUAAUGCUAGUGGUUGCAACAACAAGAACUCCCGAAGCACUCGGUUAUCCAAGCUGGUAGAAUAUCUCAAGAGCUUAGAGGAAAAAGAUGAUGAGUUGGAUGUUCACUUCGUGCUUAUUUCUGUGGACAAGGAAAGUUUUAUGAGUUUGAAACAGCCCUACCUAUGUUGUCGUACCAAUUUAUCAGUCAAACACCUAUGUGAAUAUGUUGCUCUCAAAAAAUCUUUGGAAGCUGGAGAAGUUGAAAUAUUUUUAGUUAAAGGGCAGCACAAGCCCAUUGACUACAUAUCCUCUCUGCGUCCACCAAUUUCAGUGGAUGAGCUGCAAAGUUUGGAAGGCCAGGAAACUUUAGCUCAUCUUAAAGCCAAUAGAGAUCAUUUGAUUCUAGCUUUCCGGCGCAAGGAGACUAUUUAGCAAAUUUGUCAUGUUUAUAUGAGGAAGAAUAAAGGUCCACUACUGUAUGUAAAUUUGAGUUUCCAGAAUGAAAUUUGAGCUCCUUGACGAUGAAGGAGAAAACAAAGGUUUUCUAGAGGGGUCACUACAUCUAAAGUUUCCAAAUUCUUGUAUUUUUAGGGCAAAGUUUGGUGAUUGAUACACAUUAAGAGAGAAUUUCAAGUAUAUAUUUAGAUUGUAUUUAGGAUCUUCACAAGAUAUUUCAGGAAAUAUAUUUCCUUGGGAAGGUUUUAUAUUUGUUAGUUAAAUUUGUAAUUCAUGCAUAGAAAAAAAUGUUUCUGGAGUA